AUGUCUAAAGGAGGGGAUCCGAUGAUAAGCAGAAGGUUUUGCAUUAAACCCCAGGAAGGAAGUGAGCCUCAGCCAAGUCGGUCUCCCUUGAGGGUGCCUGGACACAAGCCUACAGACUGGGAGAAAAGAUUUUUGUUGUGGGCAGGCAAUUUCAAAAAAACAGAGGAUAUCCCAGAGACAGUCUCGAUUGAAACAAUCAGAGCAGCAAAGACCACACUGCGUGUGAAGUUUAGCUAUGUAAUGAUGGCCUUGACCAUACUGGGGUGCAUAAUCAUGGUGAUUAGAGGGAAACAGGCUAUAAAAAGGCAUGAAACUCUUACAAGCAUAAACUUGGAGAAGAAAGCUCAAUGGAGAGAGGAAGCUGCUCACGCUACAUCUGCUAAACCUUAG